GAGCAGCAUUGGAGAAACACCAAAAACCUCACUUUCGUUUUUUGUUUGAGCGAGGAAUUGAGCAAAGUAUAGAGAGAAAAGAUGAUUAAUGCUCUCUGUGGAAGCAUGGGGUCUCUCAAGAGCGAGAACUCAUGCAACAAGUUGCAACCAACUUCUCCUAAUGAGUCAUCAUCAGUCACUGAAUCUAAAAAAACUACUCAGUCUUUUGAAUUUGAACAAAAUAGCCUAACCCCAACAAGCCUAAACUUACCUGCAGUCAAAUUUGAGUUGGAUGGAGAUGUUGAAGUCCAGUCACCUGAUAGUUCCAUGUGGGAGAGCUUUUUCACUGAUAAUUUUGACUCUGACUUCAUGAUCUCAUCUCCAGUGAGGAACUUGCCAUCGCCACAAACUUCAAGCUACAAUCACAAUUAUGCUCAUGCAAUGCAAGGGCAGAGUCUUUCAGGCUGCUCUCCUCCUAGAUAUUUAUCUCAGCUUGGAGCUGCUUUCAGUAGUAUCCACAAAGGGAAGGGACAGAGUCCACUCCAUAGAAUGUGUAACUCUCCAAAUAAUCAAUUCAUGCAAGUUGAGAGCCUUUCUUUACCAGGUAUUGAGGACUUCUUGGAUGAUUUUCAAAGAGAUGGGUACGGAGAAGGAUACCAACAACCACCUAAGAUGUCAGGCAGCAGUGGAAGUUCAACACAAUUGUUUGAUAUGUCAACCACAGUUCCUGCAAUGUUGGAUUGCUUGACUAUACAGAAUCCCUCCAGGUUUUGUUCUGGAUCGGUGAGUGAAACAUCAUCAGGCUCACCAAUGACACAGGAGAGCGAUAUUUUUCAGAUGGGUUCUAUUGGAAUUGCACCAUCAUCACAGAAACUAUUACAGGAAAACCAGCAGCAGCCGCAGCCGCUGCCACAACCAACAACACAACCACAGCCUCCACCAACAACCCAAUCCCUGCAACAGCAACCACAGAGUCUUAACCAUACCUUGAUGGUAUCUCUUCCUAUUGGCUCUGAGCAGGAACAAGAUAGUGGCCUCCAACUACUGAACCUCCUCCUUGCUUGUGCUGAGGCGGUAUCCAAUGAAGACUACAUGCUAGCUAGAAGAUAUCUCCACCACCUGAAUAGAGUCGUCAGCCCCCUUGGCGACUCCAUGCAAAGAGUUGCGUCCUGUUUCACUGAGGCCCUAAGUGCUAGGCUAGCUGCAACCCUUACAACUAAACCUAGUACCUCCUCUUCAAAAGCCUUCUCUCCUUUCCCUCCAAACUCCAUGGAAAUUCUCAAAAUUUACCAAAUACUUUACCAAGCUUGCCCUUACGUAAAGUUUGCUCAUUUCACUGCUAAUCAAGCAAUUUUUGAGGCCUUUGAAACUGAAGAACGUGUUCAUGUUAUUGACCUAGACAUUCUUCAAGGCUAUCAAUGGCCAGCUUUCAUGCAAGCCCUAGCAGCUAGACCUGGUGGCGCUCCAUUCCUCCGAAUAACUGGAGUUGGAUCCUCUAUGGAGAAUGUUAGAGAGACCGGUCGGUGCUUGACAGAACUAGCUCAUUCUCUUCAUGUUCCAUUUGAGUACCACCCAGUUGCUGAAGAACUCGUAGACCUUAAACCACACAUGUUCAAUAGAAGGGUUGGUGAGGCUCUUGCUGUUAACUCUGUUAACCGGCUCCACCGUGUCCCCGGGAAUUGCCUGGGGAACCUAUUAGCAAUGAUCCGUGACCAAGCGCCAAACAUAGUAACAGUAGUUGAGCAAGAAGCAAGCCAUAACGGACCAUACUUCUUAGGUAGGUUCCUGGAGGCAUUGCACUAUUAUUCAGCAAUUUUUGACUCUUUGGAUUCAACUUUUCCGCCAGAUUCUUCACAAAGGGCAAAAGUGGAGCAGUACAUAUUUGCUCCAGAGAUAAGGAACAUAGUGGCAUGUGAGGGAGCAGAGAGGUUUGAGAGACAUGAGAGGCUUGAGAAAUGGAGGAAGCUAAUGGAAGGGAAAGGGUUUAAGGGGGUGCCACUGAGUGCAAAUGCAGUGACUCAGUCCAAGAUCUUAUUGGGCUUGUAUUCCUGUGAUGGGUACAGAUUGACAGAGGACAAAGGCUGCUUGCUCUUGGGGUGGCAAGAUAGAGCCAUACUUGCUGCUUCUGCAUGGAGAUGCUGAUCUUAAUCAAUCUUCUUUCCUUUUCACGUACGUGUAUGUGCAAGCUCCUGUUAUCCACAGACUUUUUAUAUGUAUUGUUUGUCUAAAGUAAAUCCAUACAAGAAAAACAAGGUAGAUGCCAAAGAAUCAACUAAGGUCAAAAAAAGGGAUAAGAGGAAUGAUCAAUGAUGUGUGUACUCUGUUUGUUUUAUAGGGAAAAAGAUCUUCUUUUCUUUUUUUUUCUUUUUUGAUUCGCUAGGAUUAGGUCAAACACCAUUUAAUUCAUUUAUCUACUAUUUCCUGUUUGAAUAAUGAGAAGAUAAUUGUUUUAUUGGAUACAGGAUCUGGACUCCAGAAUAUCAUUCCCGCCCUAGAUGUCGUGCCCAUUGGACUAUGCACACCUUCUCGAGAUUGAUGGUGAGAUGAGGACGAAUCCACUCCUUUCUUUAACAGAUUUUACGUGGAAGGGAACGCUGACAUGCAUCCAUCAGGCACUCUGCUUAAUUAAGAUUGUGAUGCCAUCAACUUUGUAUUUUAAUCUCAUUAAUGCCAUGAUUACAACAAAAGUUAUGGGGCACACAAUCAUUUUUCCCGUACAUAAUGACAAUCAGCAAAACCCUUCUCUCUUCCCCCACAU